AUGGCUCCACGGACCAAAAGAAAACGCUAUGAUGAAUAUGACUUCCAACCUGCAACGAAACUGGAGAAAGAGAGCUGGAAUGGGUUCUGUGAAAUCGAGUCAGAGCCAGCUUUAUUCAAUGUCAUGCUUCGAGAAUUUGGAGUGAAAGGUGUCAAGGUCCAAGAGGUGGUAUCUUUGGAUGAAGAGAUGAUGGCUUUUCUCAACAAACCGAUUUACGGCUUGAUUUUCCUUUUCCGUUGGCAGGCAGACGAUCCUAAGAAGCAAGAAGCCAGCUGCCCAGAGGGGAUCUGGUUCGCUAAUCAGACAGCUAGCAAUGCCUGUGCAAGUGUGGCGCUGCUGAACAUUGUCAAUAAUAUUCCCGACAUCGACCUGGGAGAAAAGCUGCAGCAUUUUAAAGAAUUCACCAUGCCAUUUACCCCAGCCUUACGAGGAGAUGCGAUCAACAACUUUGAGUUUGUCAAGCGAGUGCAUAACUCAUUUGCUCGGUAUGCCUGCUCCAUUCCUUUGCUGUGCUGGCGGACUAACCUUCGUGAUAGAAAAAUGGACAUCUUGAAUUCGGAUCUUCAACUCAAAUAUGAGGCAACUUCUAAAAAGUCAACCAAGAAAGGAGAAAUAGAUGAUUCAGACUCUUUCCACUUUAUUGCGUUUAUGCCGAGUAUGGGCCAAGUAUGGAAGUUCGAUGGCCUGGACCGCCAACCUCAAGCACUUGGUGAAUACUUCAAGGGCGACUGGCUCGAGAUUGCCAAACCAAAUAUCCUCGACCGCAUGGCUGCAUAUGAGGAAGAUCAGAUUGAAUUUUCCAUCUUAGGAUUGGUACAAGAUCCUUUAACUGAUUUGAUCCAACAAUUGGCGGUCAAUGUGAAGAGGUUGGAGAUCGUGAAUGGCCAACUUAAGCACUCUGGACCUGAAUUUGAAUCCAUGCUCUCUGAGCCUAACGACACCGUGAUGGGGCCUGACCUAUCAUUCGAACUUACCCGCACAGCCAUUGAUUUGGCAAUUUCUCCUUCAACAUUACCAAUUCAUUCAACGGAACAGCUUCUAAAGGAUUGGCAAAAACUCCGUGAUGAUCAACGGCAGUUGAGGAUCCGCAUUCGAGAGGAGCAACAAUUACACCGUGCAGAUGAAGAUCAUGCGACGGGACGACGGUAUGACUAUGGACCUGCUGUACGGACUUGGCUGCAAUUUCUAGCCCGCAAACGGCAACUAGCAGAUUUACUUCAAAUGAGGCAAUGA